AAUAAGUCACGAUGCAAUACACGGUCGAUAUUUUAUUAACUGUUAAAAGCUGUGCAGUAGUUGUUCUAAUCACUAUAUUGGUGUGGUGGCGUACCAGUCGGAAGUCUGGAAUUCCACCUGGUCCAACAGGAUUACCAUUGCUGGGAUAUAUUCCAUUCAUGGGCAAGAAACCACAAGAUACUCUUGCGAAGCUGAGAAAAGAAUACGGUUCAAUUUAUACUCUACCCCUUGGAAGAAAAACAUAUGUAGUUUUGAACGAUUUCGAUAUAAUUCAUGAGGCUUUAUUGAAAAAGGGAGACGCGCUCUCCGGCAAAAGUGCUUCGGCUAUUAUACGCUCGUUUGGGGGAGAUCUGGGCUUUGUUUAUCGACCUCAUUCCGACAGUUAUAGACGUCUACGAAAAUUUGGGAUAACGACACUAAAAGGAUUUGGUGUUGGCAAGCGAAGUAUGGAAGCUCGUGUGAAUGAAGAAGUUAGAUUUUUAUCAGAAAUUAUAAUGUCUAAACAUGGAAGAUCCUUCGACGUCACUAAUCACCUUGGAAAUGCUGCGAUCAAUAUAAUAAUGAGUAUAGUCAGUGGAAAUAGGGUCGAUUAUGAAAGCGAGCCUUUCAAAACAAUGUUGCACAUGAGUAGAAAACGAUUUGGCGAAAACAACGGCCGGUUGCAAAAGAUACAAUUUUUUCCUCUGCUUCGUUAUUUACCAGGUUUUUCAAAAGUUUUGCAAGACACAUUUGAGCACGUAAAAAUCACAAAAGAAAUCGUUAGAUCAGCGAUUGCAAAUCACAUAAAGACAUUCGACCCGAACGACAUUCGGGAUUUCAUCGAUGCUUUCCUAAAGAAAAUGAAUAAAGAAGAAAUUGAACCUUUCACGAGAAAAGUAUUGGAUGCUGUCAUAAGAGAUUUAAUAAUUACGGGAUCAGAAACCACAACUACAACUUUACGGUGGUGCUUCCUCUACCUCGCCAAACAUCAAGAAUAUCAGGAACGUCUGCGAGAUGAAAUAAGGGCAAAUUGCGGUACAGCUGGUUCGAUUUCGAUGGAGAAUCGAUCAAAUAUGCAUCUAACAUGUUCAUUUAUACAUGAAAUCCAACGGCACAAACCAAUAGCAAUUCUGUUACCUCGAAAGACAACUGCGAUCGUUUCUUUGGGCGGGUAUACAUUUCCAACAAACACUUUAGUGAUGAUAAAUCUAUGGGAAGUUCAUCGAGAUCCGAAGACGUUCAGCAAUCCAAAUGAAUUUCAACCUGAACGAUUUCUUGACGACGAAGGAAAGUUUUCAAAACAUAGUCACGUAAUUCCUUUCUCAAUCGGUCCGAGAAAUUGCAUUGGAAUGCAUUUAGCUGAGAUGGAACUUUUUCUUGUUUUGUCGGGACUACUUCGAAAUUUCAAAAUCUCCGAGGAUCCAGAUUUCCCUUUACCACCGUUUUCACAUGGUCACCAAGGAACGUUCUACCAUCCUCUCUCUUACAAAUUAUUUUUUGAAGCCGUGUAAGAUCAGUUUUAUCAUUUAUAUAUCUGUUUACACCAUUGAUGAUUUAAAGAAAUUCAAUUUAUUCGUUCGUCA